AUGGGGACUGCAGCGGCCGCGGCGGCGGCCGGGGAGGGGGCGCGGAGCCCGAGCCCCGCCGCCGUGUCGCUCGGCCUGGGCGUGGCCGUCGUGUCGAGCCUGGUGAACGGGUCCACGUUCGUGCUGCAGAAGAAGGGCAUCGUGCGCGCCAAGCGGCGAGGUACUUCCUAUUUAACAGACGUGGUGUGGUGGGCCGGCACAAUUGCAAUGGCCGUUGGCCAGAUUGGAAACUUCCUGGCUUACACAGCAGUCCCCACGGUCCUGGUGACUCCCCUGGGUGCCCUUGGAGUGCCGUUUGGGUCCAUUUUAGCUUCUUAUCUUCUGAAGGAGAAGCUCAACAUCUUGGGCAAGUUGGGAUGUCUGCUGAGCUGCGCAGGCUCUGUCGUGCUCAUCAUCCACUCCCCGAAGUCCGAGAGUGUGACCACACAGGCCGAGCUGGAGGAGAAACUGACCAAUCCAGUGUUUGUGGGCUACCUGUGCAUCGUGCUGCUCAUGCUGCUGCUGCUGAUCUUCUGGAUUGCUCCGGCCCACGGGCCCACCAACAUCAUGGUCUACAUCAGCAUCUGCUCCUUGCUGGGGAGCCUCACCGUGCCUUCCACCAAGGGCAUCGGGCUGGCAGCCCAAGACAUCGUACAUAACAACCCAUCUAGCCAGCGAGCUCUGUGCCUGUGCCUGGUGCUGCUGGCCGUGCUGGGCUGCAGCAUCAUCGUCCAGUUCAGGUACAUCAACAAGGCGCUAGAGUGCUUCGACUCCUCGGUGUUUGGGGCCAUCUACUACGUCGUGUUCACCACACUGGUCCUGCUGGCCUCUGCCAUCCUCUUCCGCGAGUGGAGCAACGUGGGCUUUGUGGACUUCCUGGGAAUGGCCUGCGGAUUCACCACUGUCUCCGUGGGGAUCGUCCUCAUACAGGUGUUCAAAGAGUUCAAUUUCAACCUUGGGGAGAUGAACAAAUCUAACGUGAAAACAGACUAGGAUGUAGCUGGGGCUUGAGUGGCUCAAGCAGCAGGCACAGGAGCUGGUUUUUGGUCCUGACUGCAU